AUGUUCCAUUGGAGGUGUGAGAAAUCUAAGAUUGUGAAUCUUUGCUUUGUUGAUGAUCUUAUGAUCUUCAGUCGAGGGGAUGUCCCUACUGUUUACUGGUCUUCUCUCUUUAUCCUCCCCAAGAGGGUUAUUAGAGAGAUUAAGGGUAUUCUUAGAGCUUUUUCCUGGUCAGGUACGGAUCUUAGGAAACAUAGUGCCAAAAUUGCUUGGGAUAAAAUUUGUGUGCCAAAAAAUGAAGGUGGUCUCGGGCUUAAAUCUUUAGAGGUUUGGAACAUGGCUGCUAUAACCAAGCAUAUUUGGUUCCUUUUCUCUGGAGGGGAGAUGUCUAUGUGGUGCCAGUGGGUUAAAUCGUAUUUACUUAAGGGCAAAAGCUUCUGGAAAGCGAAGGUUCCCAAUAACUCAUCUUGGCUUUGGAGAAAGAUUCUAGCUCUUAGAGAUAAAAUAUCACCUCUUAUUAUCCACAAAAUAGGUAGGGGUGACUCUACUUUGUUAUGGUAUGAUAAUUGGCCUCCUCUUGGUCCUUUAUGGAAAAAAUUUGGGGACAAAAUCUUGUAUAACUCCAGUCUUAAUAGUGAGACUAAGGUCAAUCAGAUUGUGGAUGGGGGUUCUUGGAAGUGGCAUGUCCCUAACUCUUGGGAAAUAAGGGAGCUGAUUUCUUCCACCCCCACUAGCUACAAACCUAAUACUUCCUUGAAUGAUCAACCUACUUUGUCUCUUUCUGAUGGGAAAUUUACUAUUAAUGCUUGGCCUGAAUUUCAGUGGCCUGGCAUUAUUCCCUUUGCUACUAGAGAGACUAAGAGAAGGUCAUUAAGAUCCAUUAUCAUCAAACUGUCAUUGUUGUGUUCUGUUUAUAUUAUCUGGCUUGAAAGGAAUAACAGAAUUUUCAAUAAAGAAUUCAAGCCAGAAGAAGUGGUUGUUAAAAUUAUUGUCCAACUGAUUAGGGGUAGACUGUUGUCUAUCACAAAUGUUCCUAGAAAUGCAGGUGACAACUGGUACAUUGACCAUUGGAAUUUGCCUGCUACUGUUUUGAAGCCCCAUGAUCUUGGAGAUGGGAGGGCUGCUGAGUGA